AUGCAUGAACUAAACUUUACCGUUUUAACGAUCGAAUUUGAGAAUUAUGUCAUAAUAUGCUGUCAGGUGCUGAAAUGUAUUUCAGUUACGCAUCAUUCUGUACCAUGUCUUUCAAACGUUUUUUCGUUUGAAAGGUUGUGGAGGAGAGAUGUGAACUUUUUGAGUAUGCGACAAUAUAAUUGUGAUUCGAAGGAAUUAGUUGAUCUGUCGUUAUCUUCGUUGUUAUGGAUCAAUGCCUGA